AAACGGCGCGCUUUGGUUCGGUGCCAUUCUUUCCUUUCUUUGGAUAGUGAGUGAGCGCGAGUCGAGCUACCUCCUUCGUUGGCCAACAUUUCCAUUCCAUUUGUCAGCAGCAACAGCGAGCGCUCUCGUCCUAAUCGAUGCUUUUGCUUCAACGCCCACAGCUCAGAGCCUGAGACCGAGCCCAAACACACGCCUCCACCUACAUCUCAGCCCCCUAAACCCUCGCACUCCUCACAAAAUCUCCAAUCUCUGACGAAGAUGGGGACCCUGGGCAGAGCAAUCUACACCGUUGGAUUCUGGAUCCGCGAGACCGGCCAGGCCAUUGAUCGCCUCGGUUCCCGACUCCAGGGCAACUACUACUUCCAAGAGCAACUGUCUCGGCAUCGGACGCUGAUGAACGUGUUUGACAAAGCUCCGGUGGUUGAUAAGGACGCGUUUGUGGCGCCCAGUGCGUCCAUCGUAGGCCAAGUUCAGGUGGGACGAGGUUCCUCCAUUUGGUACGGUUGUGUUUUGAGAGGUGAUGUUAACAGCAUCAGCAUUGGGUCUGGGACCAACAUACAAGAUAAUUCCCUUGUUCAUGUAGCAAAGUCUAACUUGAGUGGCAAGGUUUUGCCCACUGUAAUUGGAGAUAAUGUCACUGUAGGUCACAGUGCUGUCUUGCAUGGAUGUACUGUAGAGGAUGAGGCAUUUGUUGGCAUGGCGGCAACCUUGCUUGAUGGGGUUUAUGUUGAGAAACAUGCCAUGGUUGCUGCUGGAGCCCUUGUAAGGCAGAACACAAGGAUUCCCUGUGGAGAGGUAUGGGGAGGGAAUCCAGCAAAGUUCCUGAGGAAGCUGACAGAAGAAGAGAUGGCCUUCAUCUCCCAGUCAGCCAUAAAUUAUUCCAACUUGGCUCAGGCUCAUGCAGCUGAAAAUGCAAAGAGCCUUGAUGAGGUAGAGUUUGAGAAGGUGCUGCGAAAGAAGUUUGCACGCCGUGAUGAGGAAUAUGACUCUAUGUUGGGUGUUGUUCGUGAAACACCAGCGGAGAUUACUCUUCCUGACAACGUACCGCCAGGCAAAGUACCGAAGGCUGCUUAAAAGUGUCUAUGAAUGAUGCGUUGGUAAAUGAAUGGUACUCUUGGGAUUUAGUGUAAGUGAGUAUUUUGUUUAUGUGCGGAUUUAAGGCAAAUGGCUGCUUUACAUUUCCAAUAAUUUUGGGGGCCAUAUGAAGUGUGAAGCUCAAACAUGGAGUACAUCUCUGGCUGGCAUAUGGCUCUACUUGAUUUUCUGAUUGAUCAGCAACUUCAUUUUCUAUUUUCGAGGAGGAAAAACAAAAACUGCUAAAAUAGAACAUAUUUUUAGAUGUUUUCAAAGCAUCCUGGAAGGUCUCUUAGAUUUGUAGUUUUAGGGCUUUAUUGCUUUGCAUAUGUUUUAUGAAAUAAAGAAACUGAAAUCAGGCAUCGAAGCCUGUAAUA